UUUGAUAGUGUUGCCUUCGUGGUCGCUCUCGCUGGAGCAAAUUGCGCCGUUUGUUUAUGCUAAAAACAGUUUAGUAACAACCAGAUCAUACAGACGUGCAGUUCGGCAGUAUUUUGGUGUAGCAUAAACCCCCCCGACUCCAUAUCGUCAUCCGUAUCCAUUAUAAUCGUGAAUAUGCCGAUGUAAAAUGAAUGCAUUGCGCAAUAUUUUUACAUCGCGUACCCUCAACUAUCUACGCCAGAAUGGACAGAACGCGAUCCUCAAUGCAGCCCAACAACCAGCGCCAGUGCCGUUGUCCGAUGCCGAUGCGGACAAAUCGCUGAAGGAUGCCCAACGAUCAACGGCGCUCUCGAUACCGCGCUCCAUACUCGACGCCUGCCGCUUUACGGCCAAACCGUUUGAGAUAACCGGCAAUGCCGCUGGGGCUAAGCCAAAGGGUUCAUUGUCGCCGACAACCCUGAAGCGGUUCCGUCGCAUGCAGCGCCACAUGGAGAUCGUCUACCUGUGCAAGCUGUGCAACACGCGCAACACGAAGACCAUCAGCGAGGAGGCCUUCUACAGCGGCGUGGUCAUACUCCAGUGCGAUGGCUGUGCCGUCGAUCAUCUGAUCAAGGACAAUCUGGGCCUGUUCGCCAAUACUGAUGGCAGCAUCAUGAAUAUCGAUGAGGUGCUAUCGAAGCGACAGGAGCGAGUGCGCAUCAUCAAAGUGAACGAGCACGGUGAACUAAUCUAGUUCCAGUUCCAGCCAGGACAGCGAUGCAGUGUCGUCGUGUCAACACUCGGAACAAACGAAAAGGAGACAGAAAAGAGAGAGAGAGAGAGAGGGGAGAAACAACCUACCUAAACAACAAUUUUACCUUCUUUUUUUUUUGUUUUGUUAUGUACAUAUAUGAGAGCCGACGGCUAAAUAUAAUUUGUUAUCGCCGGUCAAACCA